UUGCAGGGGCAAAAAUACUUCCGGCGUGUUGCUCUGUUAACAACAUCACGAGUGCAAAACAACGGUCAGAAGCAGCGUAGUCUAACGCACUAGUCCUCCUGUCAGUGUUCGAGUCCUCCCGGAGACACACGGCGUGUCCCCCGCUGAAGACAUGUUGUUCCUCCGGGCUGCUGCUCUCAGCCGCAGAGGUCUGGCCGCCCUACGAGGCCCGCCCGCCGGCUGCCGUGCCUCCAGACUCACCGCUACAUACGUCCAGGGCCAGAGCCCCGAGCCGCGCAUCCGGGAGUACUUCUACUACAUCGACCACCAAGGACAGCUUUUCCUCGACGACACUAAACUGAAGAACUUUGUCACCUGCUUCAAAGAUAAAAAGUUCCUGGUCUUCUUCUUCAGCCGGCUGCGUCCCAAUCAGAGCGGCCGUUACCAGGAGGACUUCCCCUUCCUGUCCCCGUGUGGCAGGGAGAGGAACUUUGUGCGCUGCGAUGACCGCCCUGUGGUCUUCACCCACCUGCUGCAGAGCCCCGCGGGGUCGCCCGGGGUCCCGGGUGCUCGGGAGCUGCUGUCGUACUGCGGCGGGGCGGAGCUGCUGUCCGCCCCGUUCCGCCCGGAGGCGCUCUACAUGCAUCCCGUCAGCGGACGAGUCUACCACCCGUGCUCUGAGAGCGAGGGGCGAGUUGGCCUGGUCAGGUCGGCUCUGGCCAUCGAGCUCAGCCCCUUCUUUGUUUAUUCCGCGGAGCACGGCCAAUCAGAACAGCCUACACACUUUCUCUGGGGGGGGCAGAAGCACACGCUGACCGACGAGCUUGCAGGAUGCUUCCCCGCAGCGGAGGAGACCGGAGGGCAGCCGGGUGGGCUGCAAUAACUACCAGAACGCGUCCAACGUGUGGAAUCUAAAGACAGUCCAGCAUAUGGUGACCGAGGGAAAUGUCAACACAAAAUUAGACCAUGUAAUUGGAUGCAGCAGAAGGGAAAACCUUCUAAUCGUUUAUCAUCUCAUGAAUGACUACAUUUAUCAUCGUGACCUGCAGGAUGGACAGAGAUGCUACACAGCAAAAUGCUGCGAGCUUAGCUAAGCCAAAAGUAAAAAGCUGGUAAUUAAAGCUACUUUGCUAAAGAGUAGUUAGCAGUUGAUAAUCCUUUAAUUGCUCUGCAGCAGGGAAAUUUCCGGGAUUACAGCAGCAAAGGUACACAAAGAUGUAGUACAAAACAAGAUCAAAUAACUAGUAAUAAUAUAACAGGAAUCCACAUGAUUGGCCACGCUGAAUCAUUUAUUCAUCAAACUACAGGCAACACAGAGCCUACAAAUCCUUAACAUACCUGUCAUAAGACAGCUGCAUUCACGGAGUGGAGUCCCAGAUGUUUAAUCAUUUUGACUGAAAUGAAUACAGAUGUAUUGCUGUGAUUGCAUAGAUUUGAAUCAAAUAGUAUUUCAUGUUGUUGAAAUAUGAUGGGAAAAAUGUAGACUAUAUAGUCAGAUCCUUCUUUAAUAAAGUGAGGUUAUUGACUGGUUAUUUUCUUUUGUAAUGUUUGAUGUGAUAAUCUUGAUACAUGUUUUACAUGAAAGGUCUUCUGUGGAUCCUGGAACUCUUGUAAAAAGCAUUCAUGUGUGUGCAUGGAUUAAAUAGGAGCAUUCAGAUGCUGUAGGAGUCUCAAAGUUUAUAGAAAUCACACAUCAGUAACCUAUGGAAUCCCAUUUCUGCAACUAAAAAUAAAGGGUUAGAAAGUCAAAAUUAUAUUAUUUAAAUAUGCCCAACACCCCUAUGUGCUGCGCAUGUUAAGUAAAUAAAAAUGAAAACGUAUAGAUUAAAAGUGUAUUCAAAAACUA